AUGUUACGGCAUGUUACUGCGAGGUUAGAGGCAAAAUGGCAUAUCGCAGCGAGGUUUGGCGGAUUUUUGCGACUGCCGCAAUAUGGCAGCGACCCGCCACACAAAAAAUUGUGAACGCUCAAGUUUGCGACAUCGCGGCAAACUGCCUGCUAGUCGCCUAUUCCCAUUUUUUCGCAAUGGAGCGCAUUUCCUCUGCCAAAAUUUUCAUUUUUAUUUUUCAAAGUUCCCAAAAUUCCAAAAAGAAUGGCGGUUUAUCUGUAAAACAGCUUCUUCUUCUUGGUUUUUUCGAUUUAUAUUGUUUUUCGUGACGAUCUUUAUUGCUACAAAUCUCAUUUUGGCCAAAUAAAAACAUUUUUCAGCAUAUUCAAGCUGGGUGAACGUUCGAAUCGUGAAGAAGUCGAAAAUCACAUUUUUCAACGAGUAAGUUUGUUAUUAAUUCGUCAAAUUCCAAUUUACCGUGAUAACCAAUUAAAAUAUUGCAGAAACUACAACACGAUCUUCAACAUACCAUGAUUUUGGCAAUCAUCGUGGUAUUGGAGGUGUGCUUUCGGCAACCAUAAUGGAACCUGUGUUGGUAUGUUGAUUUCAGAAAAAUCAUUCAAAUAUGACCCCGUUGUUUCAGAAUCCAUGUGGAACAUCGAUGAAGUUUCAUGACGAUGUCAACACUGGUGUGUCUAAAACAUGCAAAAUAUCAAGUGAGUACUUCGUGAAUUUCAUAUUUAUCCCAUGAAUUUGAACUGGAAAUAUUACAGAAACUACAACAAAAUCUUCAAAAGUGAUGAUUUCGGCAAAUACCUUGGUUUUGGAGGCUAUGAUAUAG